UUUGAUUUUUAUCAGAUAAUAAAGAAUGCAGACCACACCACUGGCAGAAAAAAGUGUCCAUGGGUAAUGUCUUUAGAGGAAAAUACAGAUUCAAGAACAGACUCUGAUGGUGAUGACGAUGACCGUGACAUUGAUGAGGAUGCACACAAGACACAAGUUUACUUGCAUUAUGACUUCAGUACAAAAGACCAAGAGUUAGCACUUCCAAUUUUUGAUGUUCAGAAAGAGAUCCUAGCAAAAAUUGCUCAGAAUCGGGUUGUGGUAAUUAAGGGAGAAACUGGGAGUGGAAAGUCAACACAAGUCCCUCAGUUCAUUCUUGAUGAAGCUGUGGAGAAAAAUCGCCAUUGCAAUAUUGUGGUUACACAGCCUCGCAGGAUAGCAGCCAUUUCCUUGGCUAGUCGAGUAUGUAAAGAACGUGGUUGGCAGCUGGGAAAGUUAGUUGGUUAUCAGGUUGGGUUGGACAACUGCACUGAUCCAGAUACACGUGUUUCAUAUGUCACAACUGAAGUAUUGGUCCAGAAGAUGGUUCACCAGCAUAGCCUUAACAAGUACACACACAUCAUCUUGGAUGAGGUUCAUGAGAGAGAUUGCCACACAGACUUUGCUCUGCUGAUUGUAAAAAAGUUGCUGUACACGGUUUCUCCUAAUGUUAAGAUAAUUUUGAUGUCUGCCACCAUUGAUGCUUCCAAAUUUGCCCAUUAUUUUGCUUCCCCUGUAAUGAAGCAACUUGUGCCUGCACCAAUUAUUUCUGCUGGGAAAGCAACUGCUUACAGUAUCUGGAUCUUUUAUUUGGAUGAUCUUCAUGUUAUCUGCAAAGACAAACCGAAUAUAAUUCCCAAGUUACCUUCCAUAUCUCCAGAGGUUCCAGGUAUAUCAAAGGAUAUGUAUAAACUAGCCACAGAGAUGAUAAAGUACUUUGACUGUAUAGAGAGGCAUGAGGAAAGUUGCUUGCCCACAGAAUUUCCAAAAAACAGAGGUGCAGUUUUGGCUUUUCUUCCUGGGCUACCAGAGAUUGAAAACUACAUGAAUUUCUUAAGCAGUGAAUCUUCAAGAUUUCGAUGGCUACUGUUUCCACUUCAUUCUACCAUCACUCAAGAGGAGCAGCAGUCUGUCUUCACUAUGCCUCCAUCUGGUUUUCGAAAAAUUAUAAUAUCAACAAAUGUUGCUGAAAGCUCCAUUACUCUUCCAGAUAUUAAAUAUGUGAUUGACUUCUGUUUAACUAAAGUUCUGACCUGUGAUGAAGUGACUAACUACACUUCACUGAAGCUAACUUGGGCAUCACAAGCUUCUUGCCAACAGAGAGCAGGACGAUCUGGACGAGUUUCCACAGGAAGAGUUUAUCGUCUUGUGCCACAAAAUCUUUUUAAGGUUAGCAAAAUUAAUGGAAUGUGUCUGAUCCACUCGUCUUUAGUGUGCAGUAUUAUUUUAGGCAUGAUUCGGUUAAAAAUUUAGUU